UCUCUGGCAUCCGUUGUGAGACUUGCAAAAGCAAACUACCACCCAAUAUGGCAUCCCCACCACAUAUCCCUCAGCUCAACGUUCCCCGCAAACGAUCAAGCAUUUCCAGCAUCUCCUCAACAGCCAAGAAACGCAAGCCGUCUGCGCUACGUAAUUCCUUUGCGCCCGAAAAUGAUAGUGCAGCUGGCUCUCCUAUGGCAUACGAGCGUUCGCCGUCAGUCGACAGCGUAGCAACAGGCUCUCUUGCGAACGGCGCAGGCGGCAAAAAGCGCAAGCGCAAAGACACCGACAACAUGAGUGCCACAGGGCACAGCACGCGUGGCAAGCGCAAUGAAGCCGGCUCCAGCGCAGGCCCCGCUAACGACGGUGACAAUGCCGGUGGAAACGACGAUGAAGACGACGACGACCUAGACGAAGACGUGGACACAAUGUUGGAGGGCGGUCGCGCAACUGAAGCCUCGAAAAAGCAGGACAAGGAGCACGAGCGCAUCCUCAUGCAGGCCAUGACCCCCUCACAGAGCGACCGCUACGCAACAUAUCGUCGUAUCCGUCUCCGCCCUCAAAUCGUCCGCCGCCUUGUCAAUCAAACCCUCAGCCAAUCUGUCCCGAGCCCCGUCGUCAUCGCCGUAACUUCUUACUCCAAAGCCUUCAUUGGCGAGCUCAUCGACCGCGCUCUUACCGUUCGUGAUGAAUGGGCGGCCGCUCGCACGCAUAUUCCCAAUCCGAACCUACCUCCUCAACUCCUAACCCGCGGCCUCACCGACACCUUUGCACACAAACCAGACGCAAAGCCCAUGCCUAACCACAUCGCGGAGUCUGGCCUAUUCAAAAAUCAAGUCGAUCCGAAGGAGGGAUAUUGGGUGGAGGUACCCGACGAGACGAGCCUGGAGGAUCGAUUGAAGGAGAGUGACAAGGGACCGCUCACACCUGAUCAUUUGAGGGAGGCGUUGAGGCGGUAUAAGAGGGAUCGAGAAGGUGGUGGAGCUGGUUUCGCAGGACUGAGCCUUGAGGGGCCAGAACGAACGCUUGCCAGGACUGGAGGGAAAAGGUUGUUUCGUUGA